AUGAAGGUAACAUUUAUUCAUCCGAAUUUGGGUAUUGGCGGUGCAGAACGCCUUAUUUUAGAUGCAGCAAUUGCUAUGAAAAUUAAUGGACAUGAAGUGGAAAUUGUUACGAAUCAUUAUCGUGAAGAUCACUGCUUCGAAGAAUCCAAACAGUUUUCGAUUCGGACUUUUGAUAUUUUUCCUCAGUCAUUUGGUGGAUAUGCAGUCGCAUUUUGUGCUUAUAUUCGCAUGUGUAUUGCCGCUUUCUACGUUUGCAUUUCAAUGGAACAAGAUAUAAUCUUUUGCGAUUCGAUAUCUGUCUGUCUUUUGGUUUUUCGCUUAUUUCGCCUUUUUGGUUUGUGUAAGGCGAAGCUUCUUUUUUAUUGUCAUUUUCCGGAUCAGUUGCUAACGGAACGGCGCAAUAUUUUUAAAACGAUAUAUCGGUGUUUCAUUGAUCAUACUGAGGCAUGGACAAUAACUUUAGCUGAUGUAAUUUGCGUGAACAGUAUUUUUACGAAAAAUGUUGUAUUAAAGACGUUUCCAACGCUUAACAAUCGAACAUUGCACGUAUUAUAUCCUUCAUUAAAUACCAAAUUUUUCGAUGAUUCGCCGUCGAUUAUUAUUGAUGGGUUACCUGAACAAAUUAAAUAUUUGUUUGUUUCAAUUAAUCGCUAUGAAAGAAAGAAAAAUAUCGGGCUUGCACUGGAAGCGUUUGCUGAAUUAAAGAAGUUGAUUGAUGAAAAACUAUAUAGCCAAUGUUUUUUGGUCAUUGCUGGCGGAUUUGAUAGGGAAAAUGAGGAAAAUUUGCUGUAUCAUCGCGAGUUGAAAGAAUAUGGAGUUGAAUUGCAAAUAUCUACAAAGCAAAUUAUGUUUCUGCGUUCACCUGCCGAUGAGGUGAAAGUGGAAUUGUUAAAACGAGCUAGCGCAGUAUUAUAUACUCCUGAAAACGAACAUUUUGGCAUUGUACCAAUUGAAGCGAUGUAUAUGAAGUGUUGUGUUAUUGCUGUGAAUUCUGGAGGUCCAAUGGAAUCAAUUAUUAAUGGUGAAACUGGGUUUUUAGUCGAAUCAAAUGCGAAAGCAUUCGCAGAUAAAAUGGCUCUUUUGGUUAAAGGAAUUAUAAAUAGUAACGAAAUGGGUUACGCUGGUCAUCAACGAGUUCUUUCUAAAUUUACAAUUGAUAGCUUUGCAAGUCAACUUGCGAAUAUUGUGAAUAAUAUUAAUAAAUAA